AUGACCGUGGAGCAUCACGACGAUGAGAAGUUGGAUAACAAUGAACUGUGUUUAGUCCAGGCCAAGGGUCAAGUGUCACUACGAAGCGUGUGCUGCAAAGGGGAAGCAGUUCCACGACGUCGAGCAAAUCACGAGCUUUUGUUGAAGAAAGUCAAUGAACGAACUAGCGGAAGAUACACGGAGGCGACAAUGGGAGACGACCUUGAUAUCGAUGUAUGGCUGCGGCUGAGUGUGGAUUGUCCGUUCGAUCGAGACGUCAGCUACAUUCCGCCCGUUUGA